CACACACACACACACACACACACAUAUAAAAUAAUCAUCUGAGUAAAGAAUGUAUCGGUAGCAGAAUCAUUUGUCUGUUUUAAUGGCUUUCAAGAAACAACUAAGCCAAAAAAUAAAGGUGCUUCACGAUGCCAUUGCAGAACCUUGUAUAAAAGGUUCCAUGGAGAACCUUUAACAUCUGAAGAACUGUUUCACAAAAGGCUCUUUGUGUCAAAAAAAGAGAUUCUUCGUAUUAUAAAAAGUAAGAAAGAGAAGGUUCCAUAAAGAACCUUUCACUGAACGGUCCUGAAAUGGUUCUUCUUGGCAUCUCUGUGAAGAACCUUUUAAGCACCUUUUUUUUUUUCCUCCGGCAUUUGCUUCAUAUUUUAAAAAGACCCAGUGUGCGGACAAGCUCCUAAUAGUUGUAGAAAACAGACAAAUUCAUCAAAAGUUGAAGUCAGAGAUCAGUGGGCGAUUAUUCCUCACACACUCCCCCUCCUGGCCGAACCCGAGCUCCUCAGGAGUGUUUUCAGAGAGAGAGAGAGAGAGAGAGAGAAGCGUGCCACCCUCUUUCCAAUGAAGGUGUCUGCCUGUGCGUUUCUUGGAGUGUGUGUGUGUGUGGUUUGUCAGUCUAGUAUACACUUUGGCACUCGUGGGCAGCAGACACACACACACACACACACACAGACACACACACACACACACACACACACACACACACACACACACACACACACACACACACACACACACACAGACAAGCAUGCAGCGCAGACUAAUUUUCUCUGCUGUAACGCCUGCUGUCCAUACCAGUUUGCAGUGAACACAGCAAAGGAGACUUACACGACCCACUGGAGCAAUAAAUCUAACGCCCAUCUCUCCCUCUCCCUCUCUACGAGUUCAUUCCUUCAAACCGUCUGGAAGGAGACUCAGGCAGAGAUUGUCUUCUGGACCAGUGGAGCUUGGACAGAUUAACAUGCGGCUGACGCUCUCGCUCACAUGUGGCUUUUCAGCAGCUGUAACACGUCCAGCCGGUGGCAGUAACAUGCAGCAAUAACUGAUCGACUCAGCAGUGGCUUUACAUUUGUCCAGCAGUAUGUUGAGGCAUUGGGGGUUUGCUGUGUUCCUGUUAACCGUCCCGUUACCGGUCCACCCCAGACCCACUAACUCUCUCAGCCACCGACAGCGGCGCUCAGUAGGACACGCGCAGAUGAUGCACGACAGGGGCCGGUCCCUGCACGACCGGAAGAGGCGCACGUUCAUCCAGGACCUGCUCGAGCAGGUGCACACGGCUCAGGUGUGGGACCCCCCCGGGCAGAGCGAGGCGAGCGUCCGGACCCCGCUGUGGGCCAAACCCGCGGGCGGUGCCAAAAACUUCCUCUUGAGCUUUCAGCUGGACUCUAUAGGGACGAGAGACGACCUGCCGCAGGAGACCAGCAAGACCCUGGGGUACCAGGAGCGAGCCGCGAAAGCCGUGAGCAAGAGGAAGAGGAAGAUGAGCUCGGGGAGAUGGAGGGACCCGGACCGGAGGAGAGACAGGGGGGCGUGGCUUCCGUACGCUGAUUAAAGACCAAUAGCGAGCGGGCGGGGCGGGGCUUAACGCGAACGAACAGAUCCAUAGGAUGAAAACAUGCAUACGUGCAAGAGACUUCAUAAUGUAAAUGUAACCUUCAGAAAAGACUGUUUCAGCGUGCAAUACAGUGACUAAAUCAUGGUUUGCUUUUCGUUCAAAAUAAACUCUCUAUUCUGGAGCUUCCUUUGAUACACAAACUCACCCGCAUCUGUUAUAGUCAGGAGUUAUAGUCUGUUUUCAAUGCAUUCGGGACCGUUCGUGUUGUGUUUAAUUUAUUUGAUUGGAAUAUUUAUUCCCUGAAUGUAUCUCAAUGCUGCUGAUGUUGAUGAGAUUUUCAAAUGCACUUUAGAUAGUUACGCUGGUCUACAUUCAGAUUUUUUUUUUUUUUUU